AUGAUGCGUCCAAAGUUGCUUCUUUCAACUCUGUUGUUGAUCGCAUUGUUCGCAGCACUUCCUUCAUCAUUUGCAGAAUCAAGAAAUGGCCUGCAAUAUAGCGCUGCAACCUCCACCAAGGCUAUCAUUUCCAACAAGACACCACCUACAUCUUCAUUUGCUAUUGAACAAGCCGUCUCUCACCGUGGAGGAAACAGCGGUCAAAGAGAUUCUCUCACUGGAGCAGUUAUCAUGACUCUAGUGGAACGAGUUACAAAUAGAGUUUUGAAGUCCCAGGGUAUUAGCUUCCCCUCCAUGUUGGGUGGAUGCAUUGCACUUUUAGGUUUCAUGCUGGCAGCAGAGUUCAUCAGCCCUGGAGUUGGGGAUUCCAUGUUCUCCAGCCUCAGCCCAGGUUCAGCUCUGCUAGCGAAAUGGCUGCCCGUUUUCUUUGUCCCAGGGUUGGCAAUGCUUCCACUUGCACCAUCCGUUGGGUCAGGUUUCGAGGUGGCAAAAGUCCUUGCUGUAGUUAUAAUUGGAUGGGCAUACUCCAUUUCAACAGUCACUUAUCCCGUCUUGUUCUUGAGAUUGUCUCAAGGAGCGUCCAACAAGAAAGCUGCUCCUGCACCGGUCAAGAAGCUAAAGAAAAAGACAGCACCAGCUGCUGCUCCAGUAAAACCAUUCGCAGAUGAAACUCUGUCUGGACUUUUGAAGGGAAGUGUUGCCACAGCCAUCCUGAGUUUUGCCGCCACAAAGAUGGGAAAUGACUUGGCGACUCCACUUCAAAGCAUCUUCCUUGGCAUAUCCACUUUUGCAACCUACGUGUGGGCGGCCCGUCUCCCAUCAAGUUUCAAUGCUUUCAUUCACCCAUUGAUUACUUCAACUAUUUUGACACUGGGCGUUAUUUGUGCCACUGGGCUAGCAACCGGGUUUUCUUUCAUCAAUGUUCUUAAAACAUACAAGACUGGUACUUUGGACUUGAUGAAGACAGGCGCCGGAGAUGUUCUGCUGUUCCUAUUAGGUCCUUCUGUUGUCUCGUUCGCUGUCGCUAUUUAUGGUCGCAAGAAGCUCUUGAAGGAAAACUUUCUGAUUGUGAUGAUCGGUAUGUUGAUUUCCAGUGGUGGUGGUCUAUUUGGAACAGCUGCGUUUGUCCGAUUGAUUCAGCUAGGAGGAAAGACUGGAGCUUUGGUGCGCCUCUCGGUUCUUUCAAGAAACGUUACUACUGCACUAUCGAUGGCCAUCGCGGGUAUGCUUGGCGGAGACGUCUCAAUUGCCGCAAGUGUGGUUGUUUUAACUGGGAUUUUUGGAGCAACCUGUGCGAGAAGAACGCUUGAUGCGCUUGGAAUUACCGACCCCAUCACUCGAGGAUUGGCAACCGGCGCAUCAUCGCAAGGACUUGGUGUCGCAACUCUAGUGAAUGAACCUGAUGCAUUCCCCUUUGCAGCAAUGGGAAUGGUGCUGACUGCAGUGGUGGCGACUUGUUUGGUCUCAAUCCCAGCUGUCAAGGACGCUCUAAUCAAACUAAGUGGGGGGGCCUAG